AUGGUGCAUGGAAUUUCAUGGCCACUUCAGCAGGUCUCGCCGCCUGUGCAGCAUUGGACAUAUUCUCAUCCCGGCUCCUCGGCCUACGGGCUCCAAUGUGCCCAGAGGGCAUUGAAGGCUGAACAGCAGAAGCGGGCAGACGCAGAAAAGCAGCUGAAGGAUGUUGAAGCACGGCUUCAAGCCACGCUGGCUGACUUGGCAGCAGAGCGAGAGCUUCGAGAAGCUGUCGAGAAACAGCUGUCUGACAUACAAGGACAAAACCAUCCCAUCAGUCAUGGAGCCAGCUGGCAAUAUGAGAUGGAGGGUCACUGGCACCCGUUUUCGCCAGAGGGCGACGACCAGAUGCAUCAGGCUUACUCGGCGUACAUCCACGAUGCGCAGAACAAUCGCACCGCACUCAUUGUUGCUGGAGGAGUUGAGCGCGAGGUCGAUUUCGAUUGGAUGACUCAGACGCACCCCAACACAGGGAAAGUUCGCAAGAUUCGCCUUGUUACCGGCGUGCCACAGCAUUGGGUAAGUGCCCCGGCUGACUUGCUGGCACAGAGUGAUAAGGUGGCAUCAUUCUACGUCGAUGUUUCAGACGCACAUCUCAUCGAUUGGGUCACUUACAUUCUGCAGUCCACUGGCCACGCAUGGGACAGUACUUCUGCCUGCUCCCACAUCAGAAAUGCCAAAGUCAAGUCCGUUCAUCGAAUUGAGAACUUUCAACUUUGGCACCGAUACCAAGCCAGGCUGACUACAAUGAGGGAAGAUCGCGUAAGGUACAACCUUUCGGUAGAACCAGCGGCUCUCGAUCUUGAUGGUUGUGCAGAUGCCAUGUCUUCCAGCCAAUCCAUCUUCGACUGCGGAGAACCUUUGGCUCCUGAUGUGGAUGAAAAGAUACUUCUGCAUGGUACUUCCUGGGACAACGCCAACUCCAUUGUUCUUCAUGGCUUUGAUCACAGAACCUGCGUAAGUGGGAUGUACGGGGAUGGGGUGUAUUUUGCCGGUGCUGCGUGCAAGAGCCAUCAGUACUCUUGCGGCUUCAUGUGUCGCCAUAGAUCAUGUACUUGCGAGAGGACCCUGAUCAUCGCACGUGUGGCACUGGGCGACGCUUACUAUGCCUCUGAAACGCGAUAUGGAGCCCGGAGACCUCCGAACAGAAGUGGCACAGCAGGUACCCAUUCUUCCGUCGUAGUCAAGCCUGGACCAAUGAGAUGGCACCCGCAAGGCUAUCAAGCACACCAGGAGUUUGUGAUUUUCGAUCGGGAACAGGCGUACCCGGCAUUUGUGGUACAGUACCUUCCUUGA